AUGAUGCGACCCGCAACGACAUUGCUCGUCUCAGCACUCGCAGUAGCAGCAGCAACAGCAAAGGACUGCGCCUACUUCUGGUCCUACCCGAGCGGCACGUGGGACAAGUGGGCAAUGGGCCGUCUCGACGAGGCCAUUGGCAUCUGCGCCGAGGACAUAGGCGGCCGGGUGUACUACCUUGAUCAGAACGUGCAGAACGGCAACAACCCCGCGAACCGGUGUACCGUCUGCCGCGAUGCGAGAAGCAGUACCAAGGACUAUGAUAUCGAUAAUGGCUACUUUCGCAUACGGUGCGGCACGUAUGCUGAGGGAAGUUGCGGGGCAUAG